AAACUCCAGAUGACACAAGUGAGCAAACGCAGGAAAAUGAGGACGGAGUACAAACGAGUAAAACUGAUUCGGAAACUGUCUCAAACCCCUCAAAAGAGCUGGUUGAUAAAUUAAAUGUUGAUUUGGUAAAAGCACUAAAGCGUGAUUUUAAGAUCGUCGGAGUAAUUGGUGGGGACAAACAAUGGGACAGCUUGUCUUUUGUCAGUCUGUCCAGACAGAUUGAAACUGGAAUUAAAUCAGGCUAUAAGGAGUCGGUGAUUGUCGCAGCAGUUAUUAGAGCUGUGAGUCCAAAUUUGUAG